CGACGUCGCUCCCAUGGCAACCGAAGAGCCUGUACUCCCGGCCCAUCUUGGAGUUUGCGGUGUGUCUGAUUCUAAUCUGGGCCUACGCGGAGCCGUCAACAGUGGGGCGGCCAGAACACGAUGCCCAGCGAAACUCUCUGGGAAAUUGCAAAAGCUGAAGUGGAAAAACGAGGAAAUAAUGGAAGUGAAGGUGAUGGAGUUGAAAUUGGAGAAAAAUCUGUUUUCUUCAUUGGCAGUAAAAAUGGGGGAAAAACUACUAUUAUCCUAAGGUGUCUUGACAGGGAUGAGCCACCAAAACCAACCUUAGCUUUGGAAUAUACGUAUGGAAGAAGAGCAAAAGGGCAUAAUAUACCAAAAGAUAUUGCUCACUUUUGGGAACUAGGUGGAGGAACCUCUUUAUUGGACUUAAUCAGCAUACCAAUCACAAGUGAUACCUUAAGGACAUUUUCUAUUGUUCUUGUUUUGGAUCUUUCAAAACCUAAUGACCUUUGGCCCACUAUGGAAAAUCUGUUGCAAGCCACAAAAAGCCAUGUGGAUAAAGUGAUAAUGAAACUGGGAAAGACAAAUUCUAAAGCAGCUUCCGAAAUGAGACAGAAGAUAUGGAGUAAUAUGCAGAAGGACCAUCAAGAUCGUGAAUUAAUUGACCCAUUUCCAAUACCUCUGGUCAUAAUUGGAAGUAAAUACGAUAUUUUUCAGGAUUUUGACUCUGAGAAGAGAAAGGUAAUAUGCAAGACACUUCGAUUUGUUGCACAUUAUUAUGGAGCAUCAUUAAUGUUUACCAGUAAAUCAGAAGCUUUAUUACUAAAAAUACGUGGAGUUAUCAACCAGUUGGCUUUUGGUAUUGACAAAAGCAAAUCAAUAUGUGUGGAUCAGAAUAAACCACUGUUUAUCACAGCAGGAUUGGAUUCCUUAAGUCAUAUAGGAUCUCCUCCUGUUCCUGAUAAUGACAUUGGAAAGCUUCAUGCCCAUUCACCAAUGGAGCUGUGGAAAAAAGUGUAUGCAAAGCUCUUUCCACCAAAGACUGUCAACACACUAAAAGAUAUCAAGGACCCCGCAAAAGACCCUCAGUAUGCUGAAAGUGAAGUUGAUGAAAUGAGAAUUCAAAAGGAUCAGGAACUGGAACAGUACAAAAGAAGUUCUUCCAAGUCUUGGAAACAAAUUGAGCUGGAUUGUUGAACCUAAUUCAACUAUAGUUAUUUAUUUCUUCUUUCCCAAAUAGAAGUAAGAUUAUUUUAUUAAUAUUGAAAGAACUCUCUUUAGAUUAAUAGUGAGCAUUAUGAUCUCAGAAACAUCAUUGACUCAUUGGGAAGAAACAGCUUAUUCCACAAUAGCUAAUUGAUAGAUGUUAUGAUAUUAAUAAAUAAUAUUAAUAAUAGCUCAUUAGUAAACUAGCUAUUGCAGUAAUAAAUAAAUAAAGUUAAAUGUUAAAUUUGUUAAAGGAAAAGUGAAUUUCUUAUAUUAGUGCCACCCCCUGGAUAUUUUUAAGUCCUUAAAAGGAAAAAAAAUUGUGUAACUACAUGUAAUAUUUUUAAAAUAAAAAGAAUCUUCUACUACCUACCUCUAA